GGCCGGAAGAACCGCGCGUUUCCGGGUUGGAGGCGGGGAGCGGUGCCGGAAAGUAGUCGGGGAGGGCCGCGCAGUCGGACCGGCUGCUGAGACGAAAGCUUCACUGGGGCAGUCUCCGCAUAUCAUGGGGAGAUAGACGCUGCUGCCUGUAGCUUUGGAAAAUGGCUGCCUCUCAUUUCACCGGGCUCACAGCCGUGGCUGAUGUAAUUAAAGAACUAGACACUCAGAUAGCUUUGAUUGGCCUUGGUCCUCACAGCUCCAAAAAGAAACAGGAUCUCGAUAAGCUCUAUGAGCUGAAGUCCAAAGCUCGGCAGAUUAUGAACCAGUUUGGCCCCUCAGCACUUAUCAACCUCUCCAAUUUUUCAUCCAUAAAACCGGAACCAGCCAACACCCCUCCGCAGGGCUCCAUGGCCAAUAGCACCACAGUGGUAAAGAUACCAGGGACUCCUGGGACAGGAGGUCGUCUCAGCCCUGAGAACAAUCAGGUGUUGACCAAGAAGAAGUUACAGGACUUAGUAAGAGAAGUGGAUCCUAAUGAACAGUUGGAUGAAGAUGUGGAGGAGAUGCUGCUGCAGAUUGCUGAUGACUUUAUCGAGAGUGUGGUGACAGCAGCCUGCCAGCUUGCUCGGCAUCGCAAGUCCAGCACCCUGGAGGUGAAAGACGUCCAGCUGCAUCUAGAGCGCCAGUGGAACAUGUGGAUCCCAGGAUUCGGCUCUGAAGAAAUCCGGCCCUACAAAAAAGCUUGCACCACAGAAGCACAUAAGCAGAGAAUGGCACUGAUCCGGAAAACAACCAAGAAAUAACACGCAGGAAGGUCAGGGUAUGGACCUGUCCAAUGUAUUUGGAGAUACUUGAGCUGAGACCUCAGCCAUCUCAUCCUUGGAGUUUGUUUGUUUGUUUGUUUGUUUUUAAAUGCUUUACAGAGAAGCAUAUAUUUUUUAUUAACAGUGCAGCAAUAUCUAUAAUGACUGAGAGGAUCUGCCAAAAGAAUAAAGCCUCCUAUCCCAACCUCCGGUCCCUUUUCCCUGCCGUCUCAAAGAGGAGCAGUAUACCUUCCAGAGAAGAUUUUAUUGGUGGUUUAUUAUACUAGAAGUGAUUGAAUACAUGACAAAGCAUUAUGAUUUUGUUGGGUGCGACAGUAUUAGCAGGAUUUGUAGAGGGUUUUGUUUCCUCUUCCCUUUUCCUUUUCCCUGUACUUUGUAAUGUCAGUGUUUAUAUGAAUAUGAAUUUGAUUUGCUUUUCCAGAAUAAAGAAGUUAUUAAUUGAAA